CCUAACUUGCAGGGCAGUUAUAAAAAGUCAUCCCAGCGCCAGGUUUAGUCUCUGCCAAGCACCAGGUUGUAAGGGAUCAUGAACUGGAUAAAGGUGGUGGGUAUUGUUCUAGGGGCUGCAGUCAUCCUGGCCAUUGGUCUUCUGAUCGGCUUUUUUGGCAUUCCUGGGGAGCCAAAAUGGGUGAAGGACCUUGCUCAAGAUCUCGAUGAAAAGUUUAUUAACCAGUUCAUGGAAGAAGUGGAUAGCAAGAGGAUAGAAGAAAACUUGAGAAUUCUCUCCGAGAAGCCCCAUGUGGCUACAAGUGCAGCAGAUGAGGAGUUGGUGAAGUUGAUGCUGUCCCGCUGGAAGGACCCUAAUUCUGGCCUGGAUGACGCAAGAGAAGAGCGAUAUCAUGUGUUCCUCUCUUUUCCAGAUGAAGCCAAUCCAAACACCGUCAAAGUUUUGACCCCGGAUGGUAGCAGCCAGUUUACUGCUAAUCAUACAGAGGAACAGCUCACAGAAGACCAGAAGCAUCCAACCAUUCUUCAGCCAUUUCUUGCUUAUGCUCCCAAUGGAUCUGUCAAGGGGAAAUUGGUUUUUGCCAAUGAAGGGAAAGUAAGUGAUUACCAGUACCUGGCUAACCAUAUAAACCUAAAUGGCACCAUUGCUAUUGUGCGCUAUGGAGGAACAGGAAGAGUGAACAAGGCAAUUAAUGCUGCCAAAUUUGGAGUGAUUGGUGUAAUAAUCUACACUGAUCCAAAGGAUAUAAAUGAUGGAUUGUCAAAUCCUGCAGACACAUACCCAAAUUCCUGGUAUCUGCCACCUUCUGGAGUAGAACGAGGGUCAUUCAAAGAGAAUUUUGGAGAUCAGCUCACCCCGUACUAUCCAGCUAAAGAGUUUACCUAUAGAAUUCCAGAGUCUAAGAUUAAAGGCAUUUCUCACAUACCAGCACAACCCAUAGGUUUUCAGGAUGCCCAAGCAUUAAUAUGUGAGCUGGGUGGAACUAAAGCACCAGAAAACUGGCAGGGAUCUCUGGGUUGUGCUUAUAACAUAGGACCUGGAUUCCGACCAAACAGAUUCAGUAACAGUGAUGAUGUCCAGGUUAAUGUUUACAAUAAACGAACAAUAAAAUCAUCGGCAAAUGUAAUGGGGAUUAUCAGAGGAGCCGUGGAACCUGACAGGUAUGUGUUGUAUGGCAACCACCGGGACAGCUGGGUACAUGGAGCCAUUGAUCCGAGCAGUGGCACCACAGUAAUGCUGGAAAUAUCAAGAAUUCUUGGCACCAAAUUAAAACAAGGAAAGUGGCGCCCUCGAAGAUCCAUCGUUUUUGGCAGCUGGGGUGCAGAAGAAUUUGGACUCAUUGGUUCAACUGAGUUUGCUGAGGACUACUAUAGUAAAUUAAGAGACAGGACCGUGGCCUACAUUAACGUGGAUAUCUCUGUGUUUGCCAAUGCAACUUUGAGGGUACAAGGAACGCCUCCUGCACAAAAUGUCGUCUUUGCUGCAUCCAAACAGGUGAAAACUCCAUCAAAUUCUCUUACCGUAUAUGAUAACUGGAAGAGUCAUUCUAAUCGCACCAGCUCGCAGUAUGGCCUCAUCCCUCAAAUUGGAACCCUGGGAAUUGGAAGUGAUUACGCUCCUUUUUUACACUACCUAGGAAUUACAUGCAUGGACAUAGCGUACACGUAUGACAGUAGAGUGACGUCAGCUCGAAUAUACCCUGCCUACCAUACAGCCUUUGACACAUUUGAUUAUACUGCUAAAUAUAUUGAUCCAGGUUUUACCAGCCAUCAGACAGUGGCACGCACAGCUGGGAAUGUUCUACUGAGACUCUCGGACAGCCUCAUCCUGCCACUAGGAGUAAGAGACUACGUGGAAAAACUGGAGGAUUACUAUAGCCGGGCAGUUGAGAACUUUCAGGCAAACCUCACAAAGCACAAUAUCUCACUGGAACCACUGAGGACGGCUAUUAACAGAUACAAGAAGGCUGCUGAUGAUUUGGAAGGAACGAUUAAGAAUUUAAAGAAGUCAGAUAAAACGCCUUUGAACAUUCGAAGGAUUAAUGACCAGCUCAUGCUCUUGGAACGUGCUUUUAUUAAUCAUCUGGCAUUUCCAGACAAGUUGUAUUUCAGCCACGUCCUCUGGGCCUCCCGAACCUCCAGCGUGGUCACGUUCCCAGGUCUUGCAGAUGCCUACCAGACAGCAAAGGAGAGCGAUCUGACAGAUGACUGGAAUCUUGCCCAUCACCAUCUAACCAUCGCCAUUCAGGCUGUGGACAAUGCAGCUUCAACCCUAGAGGAAGUCACCAAUAUAUGAAACUGACCUAAAAGUGCAAAGUUCUUACUACUGGUAGCACAUUUCAUUUUUCAUCCAAAAACAUUUCAGCACCACACAGGUCAACCAAACAUGACCGUCAAUAAAAUUCAAACAAAAAUGCUCUAUUCAGCAUAAUGGCACAGAAAUGUUAAUACAAUGGCAUAAUUAGCAAUGCCAAUGGGGUACUGAUUGUACUGUAGAAGGUUAGCCGGGCUGGUAACCAGCAGGAACUCUCUUAUUAAUGAAAGCUGCAGCAAAGCCUGUAAUGAAGUUUCUGAAUCCCUUUAUUGGAAGACAUGGAUACUGAUGCAGGGAGUUCUAUUUUGGAUAAACCACACUUAUAUCAUGGCUGCUGUGCUGCCCAGACCCAGCCGAAACACAAUGUGCUUCUUUUACUGGUAUUCUAGAUUUUGUUUUUCGUUCUUCUAAACUUUGCAUCCAAAACAAUCAUUAAACAUCAAAACCCUUUAAUA